AUGGCGAGCUUCUUCGACCUCAAGGCUCGGAAAGCCGCUGCCGCCAAUGGCAAUGCCGACCAGAAACAGGACAAGGCCAAAGACGGGAGCUCUCAACCAUGGGUGGAGAAAUACCGCCCGAAGAGCCUGGACGAUGUCACGGCGCAAGACCACACAGUCACAGUCCUGCAGAGGACGCUGCAGGCUUCCAACCUGCCUCACAUGCUUUUCUAUGGCCCUCCCGGUACCGGAAAGACGUCGACGAUCCUGGCGCUUGCGAAGCAGCUGUACGGACCAGAAAUGAUGAAGUCACGAGUCCUUGAAUUGAACGCAUCCGACGAGCGAGGCAUAUCCAUUGUUCGAGACAAGGUCAAGAAUUUCGCUCGCAUGCAGUUGACGAACCCGACCGCCGCAUACAAGGAGAAGUACCCUUGCCCGCCUUUCAAGAUCAUCAUUCUUGAUGAGGCGGACUCAAUGACACAAGACGCCCAGAGUGCAUUGAGACGGACGAUGGAAACAUACAGCAAGAUCACUCGAUUCUGCUUAAUUUGCAACUACGUGACCAGAAUUAUCGACCCUCUCGCCAGUCGAUGCAGCAAGUUUCGGUUCAAGAGCCUGGACCAGGGUAACGCUAGAAAACGUAUAGAACAUAUCGCGGAGGGAGAGGGAGUACCCCUUGACCCCGGUGCAGUCGAUGCGUUGAUCAAGUGCAGUGAGGGUGAUUUGAGAAAGGCCAUCACCUUUCUUCAGAGUGCUGCAAGGCUGGUUGGCGCCUCUGCCAAGAAGAAGGACUCGGAAGAAGAGGUGGACGAUGCGGAUCAGAUGGACGUCGACAAGAAAGCCGUCACUGUUAAGAUUAUCGAGGACAUUGCAGGUGUUAUUCCGGACAGCACGAUCGACGAGCUUGUGAAGGCGAUGCGACCAAGCAGCGUUGGUGAGACAUACCGGUCUGUCUCUAAGGUGGUCGAAGAUUUGGUCGCGGAUGGCUGGAGUGCUGGGCAGGUAGUAUCGCAGCUUUAUUCUGUCCUCACGACGGACGAGUCCAUCCCGGAUACACAGAAAAACAAGAUUGUCAUGAUAUUCUCAGAGGUUGACAAGAGGCUAGCUGAUGGUGCUGACGAGCAUCUCUCCUUAUUAGAUGUGGCCAUGAGAAUAUCUUCUAUUUUGUCUGCAUCAUGA